AUGGGUGCAGAUUCCGGUCGGGUUUGGGAGACUAUUCACAGAUUGCAUCAGAAAUAUGGCCCUGUAGUCCGGGUAUCACCAAAUAGUGUAUCUGUUUGCCAUCCCGAUGCAUUGCGGACUAUCUACUAUGGCCCGCGUGGCCUAAACGGGGGAAUUCUGCUAUCAACUCUCCGACAAUAUAAUUCCGAUAAUCUUGUCAGCACGCUAAACUCUGAUCUUCAUUUUGCACGACGAAAACAAGUCAUCGGCCUAUAUUCAGCGCCCGUUGUUUCAGGGCCAGUGUAUGAAAAGAUUCUCAAGACGCAUAUGGACCAGUUUGUCACGGCGAUUGAGGAAGAGGCCGCCAGCUCCCCGUCCAGAGUAGCCAAUGGAUUAGGAUGGGUAACUUGGCUCACCGGCGAUAUCAUGAUUCGUUUGGUGUAUGGGGAUAAUCACAAUAUUAGGCUAUUGGCAGACAAAGAGUCUAGGGCUACUAUGACUGAACUUAUGCCCGAAACCAAUGCAGCCGACGUCACUGCAUAUGAGGCAUUAGCAGCCUUCUACCCAAAGGUCAUCUCACGAAUCCUUGGGCUUUUCCCGCCAAAAUCAGCAAUGGCGGACUUUGGAUUAAACCAAGUAGAGGCGGCUCUGUCGAAGGCAGGUGGAACGAAAGAGACAACUGGCUCAAAUGAUUCUCCAAGCACACAUCUUGGGCGUCUUGUCGAACUUUACGAAAGUAAUGGACCCUCACCUGAAAUACCGGAUAAAAGAUAUAUCGCUAGUGAUUGCCUUGAUCAUUUCAUUGCUGGAACCCGAACAACAAAUGAUUUUCUCGGAGCGAUGCUCUGGCAUCUUUCCCUCCCUCAAAAUAGGGAGCGUCAGGAAAGACUUCGUCUAGAGCUUAAAGACGCGGGUAUCAGGCCUGGAACUUGUCCAGAUAUCUCUAUUUUGCAGAAGCUCCCAUAUUUGAAUUGUAUACUCAAAGAAACACUUCGCACAAACCCGCCAAUUCCACUACAGUUACCAAGAGUAGUGAAAGAAGGGGAAGCCCUCACCGUCAUGGGCUUUAAAAUCGAACCAGGGACCAAUAUCGCAUCUCAAUCCUACACUCUCCAUCAGGACCCAAAUCCGUAUCCAGACCCCGAGGCUUGGAGGCCAGAGCGCUGGGAAGCUUCUCCAAAGUCCGACGAGUACCGACAAAUGCAGCGCUCAUUUUGGCCUUUUGGGUCCGGUGCGAGAAUGUGUACUGGAAUGAAGUAA